AUGUCUAGCCCAGAUACGGCAAAUCCAGAAGCACCACCACCUGCAUCAGGUCCAGCUAAUGCUGAGUUAAGUCAUCAUCAAUAUGAAUUCAACAAUAAAUUGUUGGUAAGAAAUUGUAAACAUUUACAAAAUAGGCAGCAGGAGCAACAAAAACAAAAUUUUCAACGUAAUGGUUACCAAAGUAAAAGGAACUAUAGUAAAGAGGAUUAUGUGGGUAAUAAUGAUGAUAAUCUUAGCAGAGGUUUAAGUUUGGAAAGUUAUAAUUCUUUAUAUGAAGCAGAAUUAAAUAGUUGGCCUCGCCACACACAACACAACCAACAACAGCAGCAUCUGCUGCAACAAAUCAAAUUUGAUAGCAUUAAUAAUAUAAAGCAGGCUUAUGGUGGCAGUAAUACUGGUAUUAGUAAUCAAAACGGAAGUAUUUGUGGUAAGUUAAUGGCUGAUGGUGGCCACCGUAUGAAUGGGUUAAAUGGUCAACAUUUAAAUGCUGCAACUAAAGGAACAGCAACAACACCAACGUUUCAACAUAUCAUUUAUAAUAACGAGACCUAUGAGACACAUUUAACGCAUAGACAACAUCCUAAAGAAGAGGACGACGAUGACCAUGAUGAUGAUGAUGCUGAUAUUGAUAAUAUGGCCAAAACGGCAUUGGCCUCCAAUAAGACAUAUAAAAAAUUUGUUUUACCCUUGGAUAUACCAACGCCUCCAUUGCCUCUUAGCUAUAAUACAACUAAACGACUCUUAAGCUCACACAAUCAUCACACACAAACCUCUUCCGCCACCUGCCAAUGUGAUAAACAAACGAAUUUUGCACUACAACCGCACAAUAACUGUAGCAUUAGCACUAACUCGAAUAAUAACAACAACAACAACAACAGCAAUAUAAAAAACCAGGUAAAUCAUAUCAGUUUUAUACAAACAACACCAACCCAGACACCACCCUCAAAAAAAGAAAAUUUAAAAUUACUGCAUAAUAAAGGCAGCAGCUCUAGCAGUACUCUUAGUGGUAGCAUUGGUUGUGGUGCUCUUAAUUUUAAUGUAAGUGACCAACACCUGCCACACCACGAACCACUGCAACAUCAUCAUCUAUGCCAGCAAAAAAAUUUAAAACUACAACAUGCCACACAUCAGCAUCACCAUCAUCAUCAUCAACAACUACAACAGCAGCAGCAACAUCACUCGCAGCCACAUUGCCAGCAAAAACUACAACACCAACAAUUACCUUCAUAUGAUGCAUACGCAUCACAACAUUAUUUGCCUCAACUGCCACAACUACUCAGUAUUAAUAGUAGCAACCAACAGAAUUCAUUAACAUUAUCACAUCGCCGUAUGGCUCCCACAUUUAAUCGUAUCGCUGAUAAAAAUUAUAUGAAGAAUUUAGUCUACUCACCGGCAAAAUUACGACGUGUUCGUAUAAUACUAUGUGUAGUUGGUGGUAUUGUACUGUUGGCUCUCUUGGGUACAGCAAUCUACUUUAUAGUAAGUGGCUCAGAAGAUGGCACGAAUAGUGGUGGUAAUGGUAAUGGAGGACCCUCGAAUGGCAUCCACUUAGAGGAUGUACUACAAGGUAAAUUAGUGGCAAGACAUUUUAAUGGCAGUUGGAGCGGCAAUAAUAUAAUCUACAAAGAGAAUAAU